CUUGCUGGAGACUUGAGGCUAUAAAAUGAAGGAACUUGCUGUAAUCGGGACGCACUCUUUAGUUGGAGUUCUCUUAGUGGACUCCUUAACAGAAACUAUAGCCAGUCCAAUGCUUUAAUCACUGCAUACACACACACCCAGAGACAUAUCGCUGUCGGUUCCCUCUGACUUCUGAGCUGAAAAUCCUUCACCCAGUCGCCGGCUGGAGACGGAGCAGAGCCAUGGCAGGGGACGGGUCAGACCAGCGGGCGCUGCAGUAUGAGCAAACUCUGAUGUAUGGGCGCUACACCCAGGAGCUCGGGGUGUACGCCAAAGAGGAGGCCGCUCGGCUGAGGGAGAGCGGGCAGAGGCGAUCGGUGACCGAGAGAAGCCGGACCCUAGACCUGCUGGAGUAUGACAAGGGGCGCUGUGCCAAGUGUCGCAUCUGCACAGUUCGCUGUCAGAAGUUCCUGAUCUCGCGGGUCGGGGAGGACUGGAUCUUCCUCAUCCUGUUGGGACUCGUCAUGGCCCUGGUCAGCUGGGUGGUGGACUUCUGCAUCGCCAUCUGCCUACAAGCACAGAAGUGGAUGUACGGCGGCCUGGACAGUAACGUGUUCCUUCAGUACCUAGCCUGGGUCACCUACCCUGUGGUCCUCAUCACCUUUUCUGCUGGCUUCACUCAAAUCCUCGCCCCGCAGGCUGUUGGUUCAGGUAUACCAGAGAUGAAAACCAUCCUGCGAGGAGUCGUGCUCAAGGAAUACCUCACCUUCAAAACUUUUGUGGCCAAAGUUAUCGGCCUCACCUGCGCUCUAGGCAGUGGCAUGCCUCUGGGCAAGGAGGGUCCGUUUGUACACAUCGCCAGUCUGUGCGCCGCUCUCCUCAGCAAGUUCAUGUCUCUGUUUGGAGGGAUCUAUGAAAAUGAGUCCAGGAACAUUGAGAUGCUGGCUGCAGCCUGUGCUGUGGGAGUGGGCUGCUGUUUUGCUGCCCCCAUAGGAGGGGUGUUGUUCAGUAUCGAAGUAACGUCCACAUUCUUUGCGGUGAGGAACUACUGGAGAGGUUUCUUUGCCGCUACCUUCAGUGCCUUCAUCUUCAGAGUCCUAGCUGUUUGGAACAGAGACGAAGAGACCAUCACGGCUCUCUUCAAAACCCGCUUCCGACUAGACUUCCCCUUUGACCUCCAGGAGCUUCCUGCCUUCGCUGUCAUUGGCAUUGCCAGUGGUUUUGGCGGGGCGUUGUUUGUUUACCUGAACCGACUGAUUGUUCAGUUCAUCAGGAAACAGAAGGCCAUCAACAGGUUCCUCAUGAAAAAGCGUCUGCUGUAUCCAGCACUGGUCACUUUAAUCAUCUCCACACUAACGUUUCCUCCUGGCUUUGGACAGUUUAUGGCUGGAAGACUGACUCAGAAGGAGUCUCUGGUGACACUACUGGACAACAGGACGUGGGCCAAACAGGGCAUCGCUGAGGAGUUCGAAUACUUCAGUAAUUCCCAAGCUUGGAAACACCCGCAACUCAAUGUCUUCGUGACGCUCGUCCUCUUCAUCGUCAUGAAGUUCUGGAUGUCUGCCCUGGCCACCACCAUCCCAGUCCCCUGUGGAGCCUUCAUGCCAGUGUUUGUCAUCGGGGCAGCCUUUGGUCGUCUGGUUGGAGAAAGCAUGGCAGCCUGGUUCCCAGAUGGCAUUAACACAGAUGGUACCAUCUACCCCAUAGUGCCAGGAGGCUACGCCGUUGUGGGUGCCGCAGCCUUGUCCGGAGCGGUCACCCACACGGUUUCCACCGCGGUCAUCGUGUUUGAGCUGACUGGCCAGAUCUCACACAUCCUGCCAGUGAUGAUAGCAGUGAUCCUGGCUAAUGCCGUGGCUCAGUCCCUGCAGCCCUCCCUCUACGACUCCAUCAUCAGGAUCAAGAAGCUGCCGUACCUUCCCGAGCUGGGCUGGGGACACCAUGAGAAGUAUAAUAUUCGUGUGGAGGACAUUAUGGUGCGAGAUGUCCGGUACAUCACACUCAACUGCUGCUACAGAGACCUUCAUAACGUCCUGCUGACAGGGCACCUAAAGACUCUGGCACUGGUGGAAUCAGCUGAGUCAAUGAUUCUGUUGGGCUCCAUCGAGCGUGCCCAGCUCCAGUCGCUGCUCUCUCAGCAGCUCGGUCGCUCCAGACGGAUGGAGUACAUCAGGGAACGAGCUGACGCAGAGAAAAAGCGCCUGUCUGUCGUGUCGAGCCUAGGCAGCGAGGACGGCAGCCAACGGGCCAGUCAGGAAGUCCGCUUCCAGAUCUCUACUGAGGAGUCGUCCUUCAGUCCAACUCGUCCAGCAUCUCAGAAGCCCCUGAAACCUGCCCUGAAAAGAUCCUCGGUGGUGGAGCGACCCACUGACCUUCCCACCAGCCCACAUGAUAAUUCUGGCAUUGCACUGAAGAACCUGUUCUGCGCCAGUCCAGAUGCAGAAGGCCUGGAGAAAAACAACAACUUGGAGAUUCCCACGGCUCCUGAGCAAAGGAGGCCGUCCAAACGAGUCCGGAUAUCCGUUGUGGAGCCACCGCCCAACCUAAAGAAUUUCUCUGGGGAUGACGGAGAUGUGGAGGAUGACAUGACCAUCAGAGAGAUCGCAGAGUGGGAGGAAAAGCAGCUUGAUGAGCAGGUCAACUUCAACAACUGCAAGAUCGACCCCGCCCCGUUCCAGCUGGUGGAGCGCACGUCGCUGCAUAAGACCCACACCAUCUUCUCCCUGCUGGGCCUUGACCACGCCUACGUCACCAGCAUCGGGCGCCUCAUCGGGGUGGUUUCCCUCAAAGAGCUCCGCAAAGCCAUUGAGGGCUCAGUGACGGUGAAAGGCGUGAAGGUACGGCCGCCUCUCGCCAGUUUCCGGGACAGCGGCACCAGCAGCAGCGAGAACGAGGCCACCGAGCUCCACAAGCUGUGGGACCGCCACAAGAGCAUGUCGCUGCCCCGCGAGCCCACCCCCUCCGAGUCCGACGAGAAGUCCCAGUGAGGGAAAGUCGGGGAGGUGGAGGGGGAGGAAGGAGAGCAGGUGAAGGAAGAAGGGGAAGCAUUGAGGUCUUUAAUCUCCCAAAGCCACAUACAUGCAAAAUUCCUCAGGGCUUAGGAUCAAUAUUUAAUUCUGGAAAGAGUUCUACUGCAGCGCCAGCCUCUUCUUCAACGCUUUCCCUUAUCUGCUCCUCUCCCUCCCCCUCCGCCACAUCCUUUGCUCCGUGAACCAGCGAGUGCUUUUACCAAGAGCUUGGCACUGACACAGCAGGCACUCUACAAGAGCAGGGGGGUACAACUCAAUCUGUGCCCUGCUCUCCAGUUUCCCUUGGGAGCCCACAGCGGAGCGAAUGUGGAUUAGGGGCCAAGAAAGAAAAGACACUUGUUGGUCGCGUCCAACAGGGGACCGGGACUGGGUUAAGAUCAUUUUAAAAAAAAAAAAACAAAAUGAAAAAAACAGUAAAGGGAUGUUAUUUUUUUUUGUUGUUUUUUUUUAGCAGACUUUGUUAAGCUUGUACCUUUUAUAGUAGGAAUCAAAGUUUCGACCUGCAGAAGUUAUAAUUUGAACGAGUCUUCCACUUCAGAGAAAUUCAGCACGAGGAAGAAUACUGUAACAGAUGCAUGUGCUGAGAGUGAAUGAAACGAGAACGUGUGACUGUACGUGAAUAGGGAGGUAGCAGAUGACUAUUUCUCAUAGGAUUUUUUUUUUUAUUGCCUUUAGGACACAUUUCAUUGCAUUUUCCUGCUUUGCUGCUGAGUUUAUUUCUGACUGAUCAGGUGGUCUGUGUUUAACUGGAAUGAUCAUUUCUUUGUAGAUUACACUACAGUUUGUCCCGAGCAUCGGACUCAUAAAGGGACAGAAGCCUUAGUUUUGUAUAUUUAUCCCUCUUCUCCACUGUAUGCUCAUCCCCUCACUGCGAGUCUUAGUUUUCAGGUUGAGAGUACAGCCUAUGCAAGCAGACAUGCCUGUUGGCAGAGAUGGUGACGGAGGCACCUGUAGCCCCCUGCAUUGACGUCCACUCAUUUCAUAGUGUAGCUACUGCCUUGCAUUACAUACACACAAACACACACAGCGCAGAUGCACUCUGAGAGUGGAGGUUUUCUCCUUAUCUAAAUAUAGCUCUUAAUAAGCGUUCCAGAAAAGGUUGGGGCGGAUGGAGAGGGCAGGAAGCGAAGGGGGGAGGGACAGAGGAAGAGGAGAGAGCAAAUGGAUGGCUGAAAGAAUGAAGACAUCAUUACCUAACCAGCUGCUCUGGGCCCUCUCAUCAAUCUGCCUUUGAACGCCACGUUAGCUAACCUCCUUUAGUGUGUAGUGUCAGAGACGCAAGCCCAACAGCUGUAUGACGUAAUGGUCCGGACUCGACGCACGCCAACGUGUGAGCAGAUUCGUCCUGAUUAAUGUACGGCGACGGCCUGAGUAAACUGGAGACGCAUGACUGACAGAGAGCCUUCAGAGAGGAAUGGUUCAGGUUUACCAACAGAAAGCUGCAUAAUUAGUAACAUCCCUGAAAAAAAACUGGCCCACGCCGUCCAAAGACUGAACCUGGAGCUUGUGGCGUCGUAUCGUAACGGCAGCGUGGUUUCUUAUUUCUGACAUGACAGAUAACGCCGAGCAGUUUGUGUUUAAUAAUUCACAUCUGCCAUAAUGCUCCAGGUCAGCAGAAAAAAAUUGAUCUGUUUCCCUUUCCCCCCGACCCUCCAUCAUUUCCUGUCUUUUCCACCUCCGUUUCUUUUACUUCUCUCGCCUACUGACUCCUAGUGCUUCCUUUUAGACACACCCCUGUUUGUUUGUUGUUUUAUUUUUGUUUGUGUGUAACUUAUUUUGGGACCAGCUGAGGGAUCGCCACUACUCCCCGCCGACUUACGCCCUGCAGUUUGAAUGCCUUAAAAGCACACUCACACACUCCAAACACCACUGUCACUUCUGCCUACGACGCAACGCAUGGACAUCGUUUGGUUUUGUCUUGCUCCGCGCUGCCGAUUUUAAAAGUCCUCCCCGUGACCCAGCAUGGCUUGGCAUGAGAGAGCGCAUGCGGGAUAUGCCGUAUAUGAUCAAAGUGUACCAAAAAAAACAAAACAAAACAAAAAAAAAGCUUGACAGAAAUGAAUACGGGGCGAGUGAAUGGUGUUGUCUUACGUUCGCCAUCUUGUGCCUGAACAGUGGCAUCUUCCACUCGUCCAGCGAGCUUCAUUCAUUGCCUGAUUUUGAACUGGGUAUGGGUUCUUUGGGUUUGCGUACGUAUACUUACAGAUUAAUAUAUUUAAUAUCAUUCUUGUAAUAUAAAAAAAAUCAUAAUUUAAUGUCUUAACCAAUCCUUGGGGCUUGUUUUUUUGAUAUGUGUUGUAUUUUUGUCACAUUUGAUGAUUUGAAAUGAGAUUUUCAUGCAUUUUUUUUAUUUUUCUUUGGUUGUUUGUUUUAACACGCUGUUCGAAACCUUUCUACUAUGACAGACAUUUUAUUUGUAAAGUGCAAAUAACACUAAGUGGGCGAAGGCUCGCCAUGGCUGCCUGACGGGGAAAAACAAAAGAGAUGUAAUAAUCAAGUGAAGGGACCAGCAUGUGGUCUGUUGCUGUUCAUUCCACAAGUGCCUCCUCUUCUUUAUCAGCAGGAAUAAGCAAUCGGCACCCAAGUGUCUGGAGCUGGUUUUCUAGUCGUAUGCAUGUAGACGAGGCACUUUUCACACGCGCACACACACAAACACACCGGUAUGUAUGUAUGGAAGUUGGGGAGGGGGGUCACCGCGGUGUGCAGUUCUCACCAUGGCAACCCGCCACCGUCAGCCCCCACCCGCUCAUAUCUGCUCGCCUUUUGGGGGGGGGGUGUCAGAUUUGGUUCUGUUCAUUUGUUUGUGCUUUCCGUCGAUUUACAUUAUUCUGCCUUCUGUCAGAGUUUCUCCUCUGUUCGGACAUUUCAGAGUGUUUCAUUCCAUUCGCUCGCAGACACAUACAGGCUGAGGCAGAUUACUAUUUAUUAGUCCGUAUUAAUCUGAGUAGAAGUUGUGAUUAUUAUUGUUUUUAUUUUUUCUUGUUUUGCCAUUGUUUUUCCAGAUGAUCUGUGUGUGGGUAAUCAGUUCGUGCAAUAACAGUUGUUCAUCUCACUUUGUAAUCCCGUUUUAAUUGAUGACAUGAAUGCAAGAUAACCUUAUUUUUGUAAAGAAACCUGAAAAGUGUAAAAAGAUGUAUGUAUAUGAGGAGGACUGAUAAUCACAUAGGAGCUUGUGUGUGAAUUGAUGUUGGAAUGGUGGUUUAAGGAGGGGAGGGGGGACGGGGGUGGGCUUUCCCAAAAGCCUUCAUAAAGGAUCACUAGAGUAAGAGUUGACACCUUUAAGACACAGAUUUGGCUCUUUGUUCAAGAAGGAAAAAAUGCUUCAGCUCCUCUUUUAGGCUUUUGGGAAAUCUUUGCUGUCUAGUCUUUUAAGACGGUGAAUCCUGCUGCAUGGACUGUAGCUGGCUCUCUCAAACACACCACCACUUUUAAGCACUGACGCCGAGUCAGGUUUGUUACGCCCCCCCUGUGUCCUCUCCUUCAGUCUGAGGGGCCUCGAUCAGCUGUUGAGGGUUAUCUUCUAUCCACUCCUUAGGGACUGUACAUUGUACAUACUGGGGCAUACAUUACGGUAAGCCUCGAGGGCCAAAUGUGAUGAAACUGAACAAAAUCCAGAGUUAUUUUUCACACCGAAAAAUGAAGCAUUGUUUUUUUUGAAUAUCAGUGAUGAAUAAAUGAGAUUUUAACAAACGGA